AUGGCAGAUACGCGCCGACGCCAGAAUCAUAGCUGCGAUCCCUGUCGCAAGGGCAAGCGACGCUGUGAUGCCCCGGAAAAUAGAAACGAGGCCAAUGAAAACGGCUGGGUUUCGUGUUCAAAUUGCAAGCGUUGGAACAAGGAUUGUACCUUCAAUUGGCUCUCAUCCCAACGCUCCAAGGCAAAAGGGGCUGCACCUAGAGCGAGAACAAAGAAAGCCAGGACCGCAACAACCACCAGUGAACCAUCAACUUCAGCUGCAACAAUCCCUACACCGGAAAGUGACAAUCACGAUGCGCCUCCAGUCAUAAACUCUCACGACGCGCUCCCGAGCUGGACUCAGGGGCUACUCUCCCACCCCGGCGACCUUUUCGAUUUCAGCCACUCUGCUAUUCCCGCAAAUGCAGAAGAUGCGGCCAACGUGCAGUCAGACGCACCUUUUCCGUGGGAUCUAGCCAUCCCCGGUGAUUUCAGCAUGGGCCAACAGCUCGAGAAACCUCUCAGUCCGCUCAGUUUUCAAGCAGUCCUUCUUCCGCCCCAUAGCCCGAACACGGAUGACCUCAUUCGCGAGCUGGAAGAGCAGACUACGGAUCCGGACUCGGUUACCGAUACUAAUAGUGUACAACAGGUCGCUCAAGAUGGAUCGCUAUGGUCUGAUCGGCAGUCGCCGCUACUGCCUGAGAACAGUCUGUGCAUGGCCUCAGACAGCACAGCACGGCGAUAUGCCCGUUCCACAAUGACGAAGAAUCUGAUGCGAAUCUACCACGAUAGUAUGGAGAAUGCACUGUCCUGCUGGCUGACAGAGCACAAUUGUCCAUACUCCGACCAGAUCAGCUACCUGCCGCCCAAGCAGCGGGCGGAAUGGGGCCCGAACUGGUCAAACAGGAUGUGCAUCCGGGUGUGCCGGCUAGAUCGCGUAUCUACCUCAUUACGCGGGCGCGCCCUGAGUGCGGAAGAGGACAAAGCCGCAGCCCGAGCCCUGCAUCUGGCGAUCGUAGCUUUUGCGUCGCAAUGGACGCAGCAUGCGCAGAGGGGGGCUGGGCUAAAUGUUCCUGCAGACAUAGCCGCCGAUGAGAGGUCCAUCCGGAGGAACGCCUGGAAUGAAGCACGCCAUGCCUUGCAGCACACGACAGGGAUUCCAUCAUUCCGGGUUAUAUUUGCGAAUAUCAUCUUUUCUCUCACGCAGAGUGUGCUGGAUGAUGAUGAGCAGCACGGUAUGGGUGCACGUCUAGACAAGCUACUCGAAAAUGACGGUGCGCCCGUGUUCCUGGAAACCGCGAACCGUCAGCUUUAUACAUUCCGACAUAAGUUUGCACGAAUGCAACGCCGCGGUAAGGCUUUCAACAGGCUCCCGGGAGGAUCUGUCGCAUCGACAUUCGCCGGUAUUUUCGAGACACCGACGCCGUCGUCUGAAAGCCCACAGCUUGACCCGGUUGUGGCCAGUGAGGAGCAUCGCAGUACAUUAAGCCUUAUGUUCUGGCUAGGGAUCAUGUUCGAUACACUAAGCGCUGCAAUGUACCAGCGACCACUCGUGGUGUCAGAUGAGGAUAGCCAGAUAUCAUCGGCAUCUCCACCAAGGCGCGGCGCUGAAACGCCGAUCAACCUAGACUGCUGGGAGCCCCCGAGACAGGUCCCGAGCAAUCAAGAAAAGAGCGACGUAUGGGGCGACCUCUUCCUCCGCACCUCGGACUCUCUCCCAGAUCACGAAUCCCACACACAAAUCUCUCAGCCAGCGGCUCGAUGGCCCUGCACCUACGAACAGGCCGCCGCCGCUCUCUCCUCUGCAACGCCCGUCAAAGUCCUCCUCUACCGCCGCGUCACGCAGCUCCAAACCCUCCUCUAUCGCGGCGCCAGCCCUGCCCGCCUUGAAGCGGCCAUCCAGAGAACGCUCUACGUUUAUAAUCACUGGACAGCGAAGUACCAACCAUUUAUGCAGGACUGCGUUGCUAACCACGAGCUCCUCCCUUCGCGCAUCCAGUCUUGGUACGUCAUUCUAGACGGUCACUGGCAUCUAGCCGCGAUGUUGCUAGCGGACGUUUUGGAGAGCAUCGACCGCGAUUCGUACUCUGAUAUCAACCACAUCGACCUUGUAACAAAGCUAAGGCUCGAUAAUGCACUAGCAGUUAGUGCCCUUGCGCGCUCUUCACUCCGAGGCCAGGAGCUGGACCCGGGCAAAGCAUCUCCGAUGUAUCGCCAUUUCCAUGAUUCUCUGACCGAGGUGGCAUUCCUGGUAGAACCGUGGACCGUCGUUCUUAUUCACUCGUUUGCCAAAGCUGCGUAUAUCUUGCUGGACUGUUUAGAUCUGGACGGCCAAGGAAAUGCACUAGCGGGGUACCUGCAGCUGCGGCAAAAUUGCAACUACUGCAUUCGGGCGCUGCAAUUUCUGGGCAGGAAGUCGGAUAUGGCGGCGCUGGUUGCGAAGGAUUUAGAGAGAGGUUUGAAUGGGAAAGUUGACAGCUUUUUGUAG